GUGAUCUGUGGCUCCACCAACCCGAAGGCCCCGCCCGUCCGCCGACUUCCGUACGACAAUCUUAUCGCGGAUAAUCAAGGUUCAGCAUCAUAUUUUAUCUCAUGUUUCCCCGCACCGUUCUCGCUGGCUGCCUUCUUGCACUGUCACAUGCAGUAUCGGUAGCAUCUUCAAGAUCUAACUAUGAUAACUCACCGUCUAGCGCCUCCCCGUUCACCCUCAAGCCUGUUGCUGAACUCGUCAUCGUCAAUAAAGUGAUCGCGCCUGACGGCUUUGCACGGUCGGCAACACUUGCAGGAGGGAUUUUUCCUGCUCCUCUCAUCAAGGCGCAGAAGAAUGACAACUUUAGCAUCAAUGUCGUGAACAGGCUACAUGACAAAGAUAUGCCUACAUCGACGAGCGUACAUUGGCAUGGCAUCCAACAGAAGAAGACGAACUGGGCAGAUGGCGCAUCGUUCAUCACUCAGUGUCCAAUCCCCCAAAAUCGCUCCUUCCUCCACCAGUUUAGUGCACCCAACCAGACUGGAACUUUUUGGUAUCACUCGCAUUUUUCCACUCAGUAUUGUGACGGUCUUAGAGGACCACUUAUCAUAUAUGACCCUGACGAUCCCCAUCAAGACUUGUAUGACGUCGAUGACGAGAGCACAAUAAUCACGCUUUCCGACUGGUACCACGAUCCUACACCCAAGUUAAAUAAAAUUUUUGCCCCCAUCGUCGCCAACUCCACCCUCAUCAAUGGUCUUGGGCGCUACCAUGGCGGACCCAAAUCACCUCUUUCUGUCAUCAAUGUCGAGCAGGGCAAACGUUAUCGGUUCCGCAUUCUCGGUCUUUCUUGUGACCCAUCAUAUAACUUCACUAUUGAUGGCCAUACCAUGACAAUUAUUGAAGCAGACGGCAUCGAAACUGUCCCUGAGACUGUGGAUUAUCUUCCAGUGCUCGCUGGCCAACGCUACUCUGUCGUCGUCCACGCAAACCAGCCUGUGGAUAAUUAUUGGGUUCGCGCACCAUCCAACGCUCCAAACCAAACGUUUGCGGGUGGCUUGAGUCAAGCCAUCCUCCGGUACAACGGCGCGCCCGAUGAAGAUCCUACAAGCACUCCUGGACCCUACAUCUUGCCAUUCAACGAAGGGAAGCUUGCAUCUUUGCACAGCAUUCCUGUCCCCGGUUUCCCUGAGAUUGGCAAAGCGGACGUCCACAUCAACUUACUUGCUUCCACUGUGAAAGGUGUCUUCAGAGUCAACAAUGUUUCGUACCACAACCCUCCAACGCCGGUUCUGUUGCAAAUGCUCAGUGGAGCACAGCAUCCCUCGGAUUUGUUGCCGAGCGGAAGCGUAUACGAGCUUCCCUCGAAUAAAGUAGUGGAAAUCGCCUUCCCCAACACAGGUUUAGCUUUCGGAGGCCCACAUCCUAUCCACCUUCAUGGACACACUUUUGCCGUUGUUAGAACUUCGGGAAACAGUACAACAAACUUUGUCAACCCAAUCUGGAGAGACACAGUAACUAUGGGAUCAACAGGGGAUAACGUUACGAUACGUUUCGUCACGGACAAUUCUGGACCGUGGUUUAUCCAUUGCCACAUCGACUUCCAUUUGAACCACGGCUUUGCGGUGGUCAUGGCUGAAGCUCGGAAUCAACUUGCGAACAUCAACGCAAGCAUUCCAGCAUCUUGGGCCUCGCUAUGUCCAUCAAAUAAACCAUCUAGUCAAGCACGCCUUGGUGCUUUUAAUACGACAACAUCACGCCUGGGCUACUUCAAUGCAACCACACUCACGUGAUCUACAAAAUCAUCGAACAAUCAAACUUUUUCAAUUCCUGCUCCAUACCUUAUUUUAUUUUCCACCUCUAGUUUUCGAAAAGUAUCGUUAUAUCCAGGCAUCCGACCUUCAUAUCAUAAUGAUUUAUUGUCGCGCGUUUUACCUGUG